AUACUUGAAUUACUUGUUACUUUUUUGAACCAUGAUUAAAUUUAUUUUUAAAAAACUUCGUGAUUGCUACCAUAAUGGAAGUGAUUCAUAAAUCGUUUGGGUGUUAUGUUGAGUCCUCACAGAUGGAGAAACUGGGGUUCUAUAAUCUUUCUAUAGGCUUUCAAUUACGUUACUCAAUUUUCUAGCACACUAUAAUCACCAUUCCUGCACGCCAUUUCCCACUUAAAUGCUAGCUCAAAGACAUAAAGGGUGUAGUCAAUACCCCCCAACUAGAAGGGUAGUCCAUCUGUGAAAGGUUUUCAUCUAUCCAAUGUUCCAUCCAUUUUAGGUUCUACAUUACAGGCAGAUGCAAGAGUUGGAAGCCAAUCAUUGAUUCCCAAUUGUGGGUGAAUGGAGUUGACUGUGAAUUCAGAAUAUUUUUGUUAUUUUGCAUUUGUUGUGAUAGUGCUGUAUCUCUAUAAUUCAGAUUAGGCUACAGAACUGUAGAUGGCAUUUUCACAUCAUAAAAUAUAUUCCACUAAAAACUGAACAAGUUUUUACAUUGGACUUGGUUGUCAGAGGUGAAAAAAUAUGGUAGCCAUGAGAGUUGAACUUUAGGGGGUUGGUGUGUUACUAACAUUGAAAGCUGGAAUUUUUGGAGACAGUGCUGCUUCAACGGCUAUUGGCCACUUGGAGGUGGUACUGUGACCUGCUUAAUUUGGAGGAGGAGAGAGAGAGAUUGAUACAAGUGGAUAAAAAUGAUAUUUGAAAAUAAUUUUCUGUGUCAGUAUUUAUAUGCCCCCAGGCCCUAGAAGUAAAAUUAGAUUGCAAACCUUGCUAUACAUAUUCACAAAGAAAAUAGGUAGAUCAAUAAAUUAAUUCCAAAACAUGCACUAUAUGCUACUUUUGUGAUAUGUUGGUAAAAACUUGUAAACAACAUUUUUAGGUCUAAAAUAUAAUCGCAUUCACCAUCCUUUGCAGUUCCCCAAGUAAUCACAAACAGAAAAAUGUAAAGAGAAUCACUGCUUUGCCUGGUGACUGGAUAAAUAUCUCUUCAUAUGAUGCCAUGAUGAUACCUGAAGGGCAUCAUUGGGUUGAGGGAGACAAUCCAGCCUGUAGCAUAGACUCAAGAUCCUUUGGCCCCAUUCCUCUCGGUUUGGUUUGUGGACGGGUUAUCCAUGUUGUGUGGCCGCCUCACAGAGUAGGUGAAGCUGACAGAAAAAUAACCGAACAAAGAUUGUCCUGAUGAUUUUGUUAAGAUUCGCGAGAGCAGGCCACCUUAUCGCUCACCUCUGCUAAGGUGAGAUCAUCUGCCCGAUUCUGCCGACUGGCGACUGCAGUUCUUUUCAUCUGGGCUCCGGCAAUUUUCGCUCAUAUUAUGAAUAUGUAUUUAUAUUACACACGCGUACAUACAUUUGCAUUGUAUUGUUUCUUGAUUGAGUUAAUUUUUUGGGAAUUUGAUUUUUUCUGUCGAUUGUGUGAUUUUUGGGAAGAGUUCAUUAUCAAUAUCAGUUCGAUGGGAAGGCUAUUUUUGAUCAAUCUUGAAGGGAGAAUGUAUACUUGCAAGCACUGCCGAACCCAUCUUGCUGUUUUUUCUGAUCUCAUCUCCAAGUCUUUCCACUGCAGUACUGGAAAGGCUUAUCUCUUCGAUAAGGUUGUGAAUGUGACUACUGGUCAGAAGGAAGAGAGGAAGAUGAUGACUGGUGUGCACACAGUUGUUGACACGUUUUGUGUGCGGUGCAGUGCACUUGUGGGAUGGAGAUACGAAAUUGCUCAUGAGAAAAGCCAAAAGUACAAGGAAGGAAGAUUUAUCCUUGAGAGGUAUACAAAUAAACCAUGUUUGGUACACACUAUUGGAGAGUUUAAGGUAUUGGGACCGGAUGGAAGUGCAUAUUCAAUGGGUCAAGAAGAUUACGUAUCUGGAAGUGAAGAUGAAGUUUGAACAUUUUUGGACAUUUUCGUGAUUGAUCAACUUUUUUGAAACUAUACGUCGUUUCCUUAGCCUUCUAGUUAUGUUCCUCGUUAUCAUUACUCAUUAGUGAACUCGAAACAGUUUUACAAGAUGAUUUACGAUGUUGAUCAUUAUUAGAAUAUUAACAAAAAUGUGGAUUUGAUAGCACUCCUUCCAAAUGCUAUGAUGUUGGAUUGCCAAUUAGAAUUGUGUCAGUCGUUUAUGAUAUGUUAA